GCAGAGAGGGUUGCAGUAUCAGCUGAGUGCCUUUGUCUGUUAUAGGGAAGCAGUAUUAUUUUUCUUGUCAGAUGUUAAUUGUUUGUAACAGUGCAGAUAGUUCGCUGUAAACAUCUAGGAAAUGUGUGCCUUUGAAACGUAUUAAUGCCAACGGCCAUUUUAUGUUAUAGUUAAAGAGAACCUUUCGUUGUUCAGUGGUAGUAUAAAGGAACGGCUGGUGUGUGCAGGCUGUGCAGCAGGUUCCGAUUCAGUGCCAUUUUCAUAAUCAAGCGCACGCUCACGCACUCACUGUAUUCGGGGACGAGCGGCUUCUGCGGAUGCUUCUGAACGCCCGCGUACGACUGCCAACCGGGACCGGGACCUACCUCGCCUCCUGUACAUCUCCAAGACAUGAAAAUCAAGGAUGCCAAGAAGCCGUCUUUUCCAUGGUUUGGAAUGGAUAUUGGUGGAACAUUAGUGAAGCUCGUCUACUUUGAGCCCAUUGAUAUUACAGCAGAGGAAGAACAAGAGGAAGUUGAAAGUCUGAAGAGUAUACGCAAAUACCUAACUUCUAAUGUAGCUUAUGGCUCCACUGGUAUCCGUGACACCCAUCUGGAACUAAAAAAUCUUACCCUUCUUGAACGUCGUGGCAACCUUCACUUUAUCCGAUUUCCCACUCAUGACCUGCCUACUUUUAUUCAAAUGGGCCAUGACAAAAACUUUUCCACCUUGCAUACUGUGCUAUGUGCCACUGGAGGGGGAGCAUACAAAUUUGAAGAAGAAUUUAGAACGAUUGGAAACUUACAGCUCCACAAACUGGAUGAACUUGACUGCCUAGUCAAAGGACUUCUCUACAUCGACUCUCCCAGUUUUAAUGGUCAGGCAGAAUGCUAUUACUUUGAGAAUGCACUGGAGCCAGAGAGGUGUCAGAAGGUGCCUUAUAAUCUGGAAGAUCCUUACCCUUUGCUGGUGGUUAACAUUGGCUCAGGUGUCAGCAUUUUAGCAGUAUACUCUAAAGACAACUAUAAACGAGUUUCUGGAACCAGUCUAGGUGGUGGAACAUUCUUAGGACUGUGUAGUUUGCUGACUGGAUGUGACAACUUUGAUGAAGCUCUUGAAAUGGCAUCAAGAGGUGAUAGCAGAAAUGCAGACAAGCUGGUUCAAGAUAUUUAUGGUGGUGACUAUGAACGGUUUGAUUUACCAGGAUGGGCUGUUGCAUCUAGCUUUGGAAACAUGAUCCAUAAAGAGAAGCGAGAAACUGUGAGUAAAGAGGACCUGGCAAGAGCUACCCUGGUUACCAUCACUAACAACAUUGGCUGGAUUGCAAAGAUGUGUGCUGUGAAUGAGAAAAUAAACAGAGUGGUGUUUGUUGGAAACUUUCUACGUGUGAACACUCUGUCUAUGAAGCUCCUCGCUUAUGCAUUGGAAUACUGGUCCCAAGGGCAACAGAAAGCAUUGUUCCUAGAGCAUGAGGGUUACUUUGGAGCUGUGGGAGCACUACUUGGUCUCUUAAAUUUUACCUAGAGCACCAAUCAAGCCAAUUUUUUUCCCUUUAGUGAGGUGGGGAUGGAAUUUUUUUUUUCUUGAAUGGAAUGGAAACCAAAUCAGAGUAUUUUAAAGGACCACCUUAUAAAGUGGGUUGUACAUUACAGUCUGAUACAUUCGUUUUACAUUCUUACUGUAAAAUAUAUAUUUUUUCAAGAAACAUGUUUGGUUUCAAUUUUGUCCAUAACAUAUUUUGUCCACAAACCCUCUGAUAUGCAAAGCUGCAUUUAUAGAGGGCAGAAUGCUUUAAGUACAGAGUUAAAAUGUACAAUAGAAAGAAUCAACAGUAAGCCACCACAUCUUUUUGUGAAAACAGACCCUUUCCGCUUUAACUUUUUUUCCUGCAAUCUUGAUGAAGAACAAAUUUUAUAAUUAGUGUCAAUGUGAAAAAUUUCAGAAAUUUGACAAUAAACAGUUUAUAUUAUGUGCAUAAGAUGAAUAUUUCAUCUUUUAUAAUUGUGCAUUGGAGAAAUAUAGUUAUUAAUAAUUUAUCCAAUACUUUUCAAAAGUUUAAUAUGAAAACAUUCAGCUUUUUGAAAUAUUGCAUUAGGCAUAUUUUAGUUACCAAAAGAGCUUGUUUUAGAAAUCAAAUGCUGCUUAUUAUUUGAUCUAGUGCCUUGAUUAAUACAAUGUGAAUAACAGUUACUCACUUUUUGUACAUGGUGCUACAAAUCCAGUUUGAUAACCUUGUGUGAAUUUUAAAACUUGGCAAAGUAUUGAGUUUACACUAUUCUAAUACAGUGAAGCUAAACAUUUAAACAUAAUAAUGAAUAAAAUAUGCUUAUUGCUUGCCUUCCUAAAGACCACUUACAGUAUAGUCAGAAGUCUUCUUUUUAAAGUACAGGUGAUGAAAUCUCUCUGGAAAGGAAGAAUUCAAAUGGCACAAUACAAUGUUUUUUCUAAAUUGUUAUAUUCAGCAUAAGAAGCAUUUAAUAAUCAGUUUAAAAACAGAAGAGUUUAACAAAGGGAAGCAGUCAGUGCUGGUUUCAGUAACUGCUAUAUAUAGAGAGAGUUCAUCAGAUGCAUUGAAAUUUAUUCAACUCUUGUACAAGAAGUUACAGUUAAUAAUCAAAGACUUUUUUGUUUCUCAACCAAAUGCUUUGCACAGUUUUUUUUAUCACUCUGCUUGUAGUGCAUACAUCUUCAGGUCUUUUUCUCAGUUACUGGUUUUCUGGGCUUUUUCUUAAAUUUCUAGAACCUAAGCUUUAAAUUAUACAGUAAUGUGUAUUAUUGUCUAUGUUUUAAGUGCUGUAAAGAAGUACUUCAAAACCUCUGCUGUGAAGAGAGACUGUAGUCUUUGCCAGUAUAUCCAGUUUCUGAAAACAUGAACUGAAAAACUUUGCUAGAGGUUCUGUGGACAAAGUCUGUAUAAUUGUUAAGAAAUAAUUUAGUAGUUUUGCCUGUUUUCUGGCAAAGGAAUUAAUUGUAUGUUUUACAUUCUUAUAUUUAAAUAAUAUACAUCUACUUGAAUCUUGAAAUUGAGAGCUUGGACCACAUUUGCAUUAACAACUUUUCUACAGUCAUCACACUGGUUUUAAUGUUAUUUUACUAAUUGUUAUUUAAGUCUAUACAUUUUUUCCAGUUAAAAAUUAUAGUAUGUAAGUUUACAUGCCUAUAAACACUUUUUCAGGGCCAUUUAUAAUUUUUUCUUGUUAACCUGCAAAUGAAUGAAUUCUAGACAUCUCAACAAUUCAAUUCCCUUUGUGUUGUGACACAAAUGCUAUGAGCAUCUUCUGUAAUGCUGGCCUUGAUUGUCUGCUUUUCUUCUAACUUACCUCUGAAUGAAGUGUCUAGAUUGCACUUUUGGACUAGCAGAGCUCUGGUGGUGUUAUUUGUGCAGUUAAUGAUUACAAACUGCUUCAUAAAGAAUCUUCAUAAGGUCAUCCUUAUGUCAUUGUCUUUUCUAGGUAUUUAAGGAUUUCUUUAACGUCUUAUUUAAAUGUCUGCAGAUUUAUUUGUAUUACCUUUUUGUCAGCCAUGCUUGAUACUGAUUCAGAUUUUUUUUUAACUCCCUCUGUAUCUAUGUGUACAUGUAUAAAUGCUCCAUUUCUUUUGCCUUUUCUGUUCUGCAGUUUCAAUAUGGCAAUGUAAAGAUUUUUAUUAUUAUUUAUUUUAAAGAUUUUUAUUUCUACCGUUUCACACUUGUGGCAGAAUUUUAACUUACUUUCUUUGUAGUAAGUGUUUUACGUUUAAUCCAUUGCUGUUACUAUCUAGAUGAUUUAACAUAUGAGGUUGAUGCUACUUUUAUAAUAUUGUUGGCAAUGGGACACAGAGUUGAGUUGAUUACUAACCAUACAUCAAAGUAUGACUCAGAGUGUUAAAAUGGCAUUCUUCUCAGCCCUAGCUUUUUAAGAGAGUUACUGUUUUUACCAGCUAAACAAUCUAUAAAGAUGCCAGUGUUGUUAUUCACCUUAGAAUUUUUAAAAUUUCUCACUAACGUAUUUGAGCUGCAUAUUUGCAGCUCCUGUUUUGAAGAAAGUGUACCAAGAGCAGUAUAAAAAAACAAACGCUGAUUUGUACACGGUUAUCAUUUGAAAGGGCAAUCUAAAUCUCACCUAAUGUGAAUUGUCUCAUUGUUGCACAUUUUCGUUCAAUAAUAUAUUAAGCUUAUUAUGUGCCCUUUAGUUUGAAUACAGCUGGACCAGUUCUUGUGCUGAGUGUUAAAACCAGAAAUAAUAGCCUCAUUAUUCUUAAAAUAACCCCUGGUUAACUUUGAUUAGUUUUAUUGUUAAUUGUUGUUAUUACUAUGUAAGCAAAAGUAAAUAUAUGCAUGAAUAAUAACAGAAAGUAAGAUGAACAAAAUCUAGAUUAAGGAAAUCCUUACACUGCUAGAUAUCUGACAUCCACGCCACCCUGAUGACUGCACCAGAGUGUGAGCUAAACUAAAGGAAAACGAAGAAUGGAAAGGCUGAAAUAUACUAACUGAAAAACUUAACCCAGAAAAAGAGUAUAAUUUUAAGAAUCACUAACCCCAUUUGGAUUGUCCUUUUUUUUUUUUUUUUUUUAUUAUGUGUUAAUCUUUAAUUUAAACCUCCAGUGCUGAUUACCACAGCCUCAAUAUUUCUUUCUAUUAGUUGUCUCCUUCAGUUUCAGCUGAAUGAGAUUAUAACUGUAAAUGUACUCGUGUUGCCACAAGGCCACCCAUUCAAGGAGAUUCAGUCUUCACACCAGAAGUAUCUUUGCUGCAGUAUUAUUCAGGGGAUUUAUUUUGAAAAGAGAUUAAAGAGUAAAGUAGAAGUAUCUAGUAUAAACUCAAAACACCACAUGAAAAUGGAAACAAAAACAAAACUAUUAACUGUAUAGAUAUAAAUAGUUGAGCAAUUCCAUUAUAUGCAAGCAUUAACAAAAAACUAAGUCAAAAUCGGUUUAACCUCGUUUUGCUAAAAGUUAAGUAAUAAGAGGAAAUUAGUCCCUAACCAGUGUUAAACACAUAGCGUGAGAAAUUGAUGAGAUGAUUACACACAGCUUCAUAAAACAUGACACAACAUUCUCAAACCUGCUUAAUCAACUUCAGGGUCACAAAGAGCAGUUUGACAAAAAGAAAAAUUGGGAAAAUGUGACAAGACAAUUGCACACUUUACCUUAAGUGCCAGCUAGAGGUGCAGUAUGCCCUUUGUAGAUGAAAAGUUUGAUAUUUCUAAGGCAGCUUUGCUAAUGAAGAUGCCAAAUUGUUGAAGAUGUGGAAUAGGAUUGCCAUUGUACACUAUCCAGCAGAUGCUAUAUACACAAAAUAUACAAAUUUUAAGUGGGACCAGUUUUGAUAUUAAAAUAUGAGAUGGUACGAUUGUACUCCAAUACAUGGUCUCUAUAUUUUAAUAGUAGCCUAGCACAAUCACGUCUGCUUUCUAUCAGAUUGCUGUAUGAUUCUUGUGCUUUGUAAGAAUGUUUUAUUGCAAUUUCCUGAUCCUUUUUAGUCAGUAUAGCCCCAUGAGUCAUUCUAAUAAAAAGGAUACUGAGCCAGUUUCAUUUUCUUGUGAUCAUAUAAGGUUUCAGGCAUCAAAGGCACAUCUUUUGAAAUAAAUAUGGUGUUCUGGUGCAUUUUCCUUUAGCUUGUAAGCCUUUGACGUCAGCUUUUAAUUUACUAUCUUGCCCAAAUUUAUUUCAGCAUCCUUGUAUUUCUGUAAUGCUCUUUUGGCUGGGUUAAUGUAAUGAGAUUUAAAUUCUCAAAACUCUGUCCGCUUUGUUUAAUAAAACACCUGAAUAUUAGUAAAUCUGUGUCCCACUACCCCAGUCUUAUUUAUCUCAUCCUCAAGGAGACCUAUAAAUUUUCUUGCCUAAAACAAAGUGUCUUAUUCUAUAUAUAACACUUAUCUUGAAGUGCAUUUAUCUAUUAGUAAUGUAAAAUAAACAUUUUUGGCAACAUUCUGUCCUUCAAAUGGAUACUGUGAUCUUUGUCUAUUAUUUCAGUACUACAUGAGAAAAUUCCAUUUCAUUCAUCUGAAGUAUUUACUGUAUUAUUGUAUCGCGUACAGAAAAUUGCACAUGGUUACUGUGUUUAAACGCCUGUAAAGGCCUAAAAAUACACUAUUCCUCAUUAGACAUUUAACAUUCCAGUUUUCAUUUCUUUCAGUUAUUAUCACCGUUCACUGUUCCAGAUUUUAUUUUUAUCAACUGUUAAGUUCUUGAGAUUCUUUGCUUUUUUGCUAUUGACCCUAUAAAUGAGAGAAAAUUAUUCAAGUUGUUCACUAUUUAAUUGUACAGGCUUAGUAAAUAACAGUACAAUAGUAAAUGAACAGAUUACUUCAACGUAUCUGCUUAAUAAUACACAGGUUGGUUUUGAACAGUAAUUUUGCAUACCUAACUACACACCUAUAUGUCAAAGGCAGAAGCUGAAACUGCUGCCCAUGUUGGAGUUGUAUCAUAAGCACAAAGAAACCCCUGACUUAAAAAUGAGCUUACACUAUGGGGGGUGACUUUUGAAUCAUGAAGGUCUAAGCAAAUGAAACAAAAUGGCAGCCUUCAUCAUUGGUGUUGCUAUGUACAACUUUGAAUGCACUUAUGUUGUUAAAUACUUUAGCACUGAAGAUCUGUCCAGAUUUUAGGCAUUGACUUGUGAAGUGUUAUAAUCAAAGACAACUCUUCUUUUUUUCUUUUUUUUUAUGUUUUUGGGUCUUCAAUAUUCUAAAAAACCUGUAUUUGUCUUGUUCAGGCAUUUUCUCAAGUUAAGAAUAUUGUGAUAUUUGGCUAAAGUUCCUUCAGCUGACCUAUUUUAUUCACAAUUUGAGCAAAACUGUUUUAGUGGAAAGAUGCUUGAGACAGCAGCUCUCAAAUCAGAGCUGUGAAACUAGAGCUGGCUUAUUACCAUUCAUAUCACAAGGUUUACAAGUUAUGUUUUGCUUUCCAGUGUUCUAUUUCUUAGUUUAAACAAAUCAGAUCUGUCAGAUUUUACCUGAGCACAUUUGUAGACUUUUGUUUAAACUUUCUGUGUAAAUCAAAUGCAGAUUACAUGAACCUGACACAGUCCUCCUUCAGGAGAUUUUUUUAUUACUUAAAAAAACUUUUAAAAAAAAUCCCAAACCACAAUAUGAGAAAAAUAUAUACAAUAAUAUUAUUCAUUUUUCAAGUCACACAGGUUUGACUUGUGUAAACAAGUGCCCUCUGAAGGUUCUGAGUCCUACAUCUUUAUGCUUUCAUGGUGUCUUGCAGAGUUUGUGUAUAUUAAAAUGUUUACUUGGCUUUACUUUAAAAAAAGUAUGUGUUUCAUGUAUAACUUUACGCAUCUCCUAAAAUGACAUAUAAAUGUCAAAAAUUUAUAAAAAAAACAGCUGUGGCACAUUUUUGUUUUCAUCAUGUAGCUUUUCCUAUGCAAUUCUCUCUUAACUGAUGGAUUAUUGAUUAUGAAGUUGGUAAGCACUUUAUGAGUCCUAAGAUUUUCAAUCUUGGUGACAAAUAAUGUUAUGGAAAUUUUAUACAACAAUAUAUUUAAAGUGAUUACUUCGGAUAAACACAUCUUGGUAUACCCUGAUGAACUGUUUGCUUAUAGGAACUCUCAUUACUUUAUUGCUUCUUUGUUUUAAUUCAUUCAUUUAUUUUUCAGAGACAAUAUAUCUGCUUAUUAUUCAACAUAUGACAUGUUUUAAUAAUCUAUGACAUACUAAAUAAACAUUAGUAGAACAUUAAGAGCUGAUGUCAAAAUAGAAUAAAACUUUACUUAAAAUGUUAUCUACUACAGAUUUGAAACUGGGGAGGGAAAGGGUCCCUACUGAACUACUGUGUUACUUCAUUCUUUUUAAAUUUCUGUUUGUAACUUGCUGUUAAAUUGUCAUUUCUUGUUCUGAAUUGUAGAGCCAUUUUGUAAUGUUUGGAGGUCUGCAUGGUGCGUCAUUAUUAUUUUGUGACAUGUAUGACUUUAAUGUCAGCUAAACAAAAUGUUUCAAUUUUGUUUUCUGUUCAUUUUGUCUCAUGGUCUCUGAAGCUGUGUAUUCGUGUCUGUCAGUACUUUAGAUCACAGAUGCAUUGAUUGUACUUAUUCUAAAGCUUGAAAAAUAAUUGCUUAAAUAGAACUAUAAAAACA